GUGGUCUAGCUAACCUGACCUAGAGCCCUAUGGCCCAUUCAUCGUCGAUAUAAAAAGGCUGUCGAUUUCUCAAGGGCCUGCCAUUCACUUUCACCUCCACAAAGCACACGACAAAGCACACUCUUCUACCCUACACAAAUACCACACAUCAACCACGACUGUCACCAACAUGACCCUGCUCGCCACCCAAUUCAAGGAAUCUACUAAAGUCAUUCACUCCCAAGUCGGACGCUCCAAGUUCUUGAAAUACUUCUUCAAGGGCGAAGUCAGUCUUAACCUCUACGGACGGUUCCUCAUCUCCCUCUACCAUGUAUAUAGUACCCUCGAGAGGGAGCUGGAAAAGCACAAGAAUAACCCACAGGUCGCUCUGAUUUACUUCCCGGAAGAACUUUCUCGUUUGAAGUCCCUGAUGCAAGACAUCGAGUUCUUCAAUGGCCCGGACUGGCGAGAGAUGCUGGUUCCCAUCACUCCUGCCCAACAGGCCUACAUUUCCGCGAUCGAACGUUGUUCGAACUCUUCGACACCCGAGCUACUCAUCGCACACUCCUACGUCCGCUACUUGGGCGACCUCUCCGGGGGCCAGCUGUUGAUCAAGCGGCUCCAGAAGUUCAACAACCUUCCCGAGGGCAAGGGCGCUGCGUUCUACCAAUUUGGUUUGAUUGAGGAUGCAGAUGUAUUCAAGGACAUGUACCGAAAGCGAUUGAACCAAGUGGACGUGACUGAAGAACUGCGGAACCAGAUUGUUGAUGAGGUCAUGGAGACAUACUUGAGAAACAUCGACAUCUUCCAAGAGUUUGACUGUGAGUUCGAAGGCAAGCCCAUGACCGAGGAAGGACACGAGAAGGAGUUGGAGAAGUUUUCAAGUGAGAAAAAGGCAUUGAUGGUUGUGCAGGAUGAUUCAGCAAGAGGCGGUCUGCUGGGGUCUUGGUAUCCAUCCAACUUAUGGAAUUCGUUGGUCGCAGCGGUUAGCCUCCCUUUUGAGCGAGCGCAGGUUUAGAGACAUCUUUUUUGUUUGUCUAAUGUUGUAAAACAUGCAUCUACUAAGCAUCGUCUAACGCAUUAAAAAUGAGCCAGC